CUGUACUAAUGAGUUUGGAAUAGGAAAUCACCAGAGGUAGUCCAAUAAUAAUUCAGCAUUGGGCUAAAUUUAAAUUGUCUCUGACUGUCCAAGUUACAGCAUGCUGUUCCUUCAGUUGUGUCUCGGAACUUGUGAGCUUAUGACUCCCUAAGCUGUGAUAGUGGCCGUAACAAUGACACCUCGUCAAUUGUGACUCGAACGUGCCCAGUGUUUGACUUGAUUUAAACUGUAUCUAUUCAAAAUGUGCGCUGCGGAAGUUCCAGUGAAAAAAAUGUGAAGAAUCAGAUAAGAGCGAUGGUACGCAAAUCAGAGAUGUUUCCUCAGUUGAAAAGUUUCGGUGUUUUAAUGAAAGAGCAAUAAGCGUAAAAUGGAUGAAAGCGAGGACCCCUCUGUGCUGUUCCUAAAAUCCACCAGAUUUUGGAUUCAGCGGGUGUUUGUGCCCAUUGUGGUCUGCAUAGGAGUUGGGGGAAACACCGUGACCGUCAUGGUGCUCACAAGGAAACGUAUGAGGUGCUCGACGAAUAUCUACCUUACUGCUCUUGCAGUUGCUGACAUUAUUUAUUUAUUAUUCGUCUUCGUGCUGUCAUUCUCGGUCUAUGACAACAUCAACGACCGAAAGUAUGAACUUUUUUGGAGGUUUUUCGGAUUGACUCACUGGCUGUGUGACGCUGCAAGUAACGCAUCAGUAUGGUUGACGGUAUCUUUCACUUUGGAACGGUACAUAGCAGUUUGCCAUCCAAUUAAGGGUAAAGUGCUGUGCACCGAGAACCGCGCAAAAAUCAUCAUAACAGGAAUCGCGAUCUUCUGCAUUCUGUCCACGCUGUCGACGACGUUCGAGUACGAGCUGGCGAUGAAGGAAAAGUGCGUCCGCAACUGCACGCAGGAAGAGCUGAAGAACAGGCAACACGUCCCCGGUAAAUGCUUCCAAAAUGUCACCUUCCAUCAUCUGCCGAAUCAUAACAUAGUCGUGAGCAACCUCCAGAGCCACGAAAGUGAUGAUUCGAACGAAAAGCUAAUUAGAGAGAUCUACACUAGUUUAGAACCAGCCAUCAACAAACUGCUCCCUGUCAAUUGCACGUCUCAUCCUCAUAUCAUCUACGUCCCAGUCCAAAUGUUUAACAAAACCACUCCCAAAAAAAUUAAUACUAAUCUUAUAGACGGAAGCGUUCGUAAUAACAGUGAAGUGUCAAAGGACCGGACUGACCAUGCCCAUUUAGUGCCCACGGGUAAAUUGAUAACAAAUGACACUUCCGACAAUGACACCUGUUGUUUGAAGAAAUUCACGGUUAGCACGGUGCUGACCAAUCUAGGCAAGAACAAGAAUUACAAGAUUUUUAUUUCGUGGUUUCCUGCAUUGUGCUUCGCUCUUAUUCCCUUGAUUCUCAUCGCCACUUUCAACUGCUUUCUGGUACACGCUGUAUACAAGUCUCAGAGCCGCAGGAGGAAAAUGACCAACUCACAGGAAACCGUUUCGAUGUCGAAUGAAAACCGCAUAACGGUCAUGUUAAUUGGCGUAGUGUUUCUAUUUUUAAUCUGCCAAACGCCGACUGCUUCCUUCCUGAUCUACAGCAACUUCUACGAAGCGGAAGACUUGGCCACGGAGAACAUCCACCGUGCUUUAGGCAACAUUUUUAACUUUCUCGUAAACAUAAAUGCGGCCACGAAUUUCAUUAUGUACUGCAUUUUGUCGAAAAAGUACAGAACCACAUUUAGAACCUUGUUCUGUGGCCGCAGAAAAAACAGACAAGACACGUUAAUCUUAACAGACACUAGAACGAGAUACUCUUCUUUUAACAAUGGUUUGAGAAGGAACGUUUCCGAAUAUCACACUCCAAGAAAUUUGGAGUACGCACCCACGUACUGAUCAGUUUAAUAAACAAGCUCGAACCAUUUCUGGUCUCGGAGUCAUUAUUUACGAGAAAUGAUUGUGAAACACUUAAGGAUUUGAUUACAAAACGUACAAAAAUGCAUUACGGUUGAUAUUUUGUGGAAAUGUUUGAAUUAACUAAUCCAAAUAUGGAAUGAUCGGAUGCUACUUUCAAAAAUGACUUGCUUAUCUGCUUUCUCGGCGUCAAUUUGCAUAUCAAAGGGACGAUAUUAAACUUUUGGGUAAUCGCAAAAAUAUUUAAAAUUGCUGCCGACAAGU